UAGGUCUCCAGGUUGUAUAAGAGCACCAUCUCCACAUCAUCCACUCCAAGAAAGCCCAAUCCAGACUGCAUUGCCUGAAGCUAAAAAGGAAGCUGCUACACACACUGCUGCUGCAUCUCAGAGUUGGUCAAACCAAGCCACAGCCUUCAGUGUGCUCCCCCAUCACCUCCGGAGCCCCAGCUAGAAGCUGAUUCCUUUGCUUCCUUCGCCCAUACUCCUCCAGCUCUUGAAGAUCUCCCACCUCUUGCCUACCAUCAAGUCGCCGAGGCAUGAACUUGGCGGUGGCCAAACCCGAGCUCAAGGCCAGCGCGCGCGUGUCCGGCGGGAGUGCAGCUGCCACCGCGCCGCGCAACGGCCCGCCAAAGUUCAAGCAGAGGUCGACCCGACAGUUCAAGAGCAGGCCCCCGAAGAGGGGCGUCCUGGGAUUCGGUGAUGAUAUCCCUGGGAUGGAAGGCUUAGGAAUGGACAUCACUGUCAUCUGCCCCUGGGAAGCUUUCAGCCACCUGGAGCUCCAUGAACUGGCUCAGUAUGGCAUCAUCUGAGUCCUCCACCUUCCCACAAGCCCCUCUGUGUCUCAUCCUCCAUCCUACUCAAGCAACCUGUCUGCAGCUUGCUCUCUGCUGUAUCUGUUCAAGAGGCACACAGAUAACAAAAAAGCAGCUAAAUAUGAUGUUAUGGAAAUAUAUAUUUAAAAAAGGCCACCGUGAGACUGUUACCCCUCUUUGUAACUAUUUUUUUAGUGUCUGGUAUUUCCUGCAGCCAAAGUUCUCUGCCAUCUCAGCUAUUGUUUUACAAUUUUAUUUAUUUCCACUGAAACAAAUGAUGACUUCAGUUAUCCUAUGUUGUUCUUAUUUUUCUAUUCUUUUUUAUAAAAAUAUUCUAAUUCAUUUAAAUUAGGAUUUCCAUGAAAUUAACCUGAUUAAAAGUGCAGUAUAAUAUUCUGCUUUUAUUCUAGCUUAGGUUUUAUUUUAUUUAUUUUUAUUUAUUUUUAACCAUUUUCUGCAUAGGUAUACUCAGGGAUAAAAGCCUUUGUCUGUUUAUGUCAUUUGUUAGCAAACACUGUAGUGACAAGAUAGUUGUACUUUCUAAAUGGGGCGCCUUGCUUCUGAAGGUCAAUCUGAAGAGAGUGUUGGCAGGCUGUA